AUGUUCGGCUCGGAGGUUACUCUCACUACUGUCGAAAUCACACGUCCGAUCAUACCAACUUCUUCACGAGAAACACGAGUCAAUGAUGUGCUAAUAUCUUCGGAACAAGCAGGUGCCUGCGCCUCCAGCGUUAAAAACGCAAACCUUCAAAGAACAGAUUUAAGGAAACUAAUUAAGUCAACGGACUGUCUCAAGAUACCUAGACUUGCCCUAGGUGCUCACCGCAUGUACACCGAAUACCAGCUGAUUAUGGUCCUUGAAAUAUUGCUAUAUCGAUUCCGUUUGGGGAUCUCUUGCCUAUGUAGCCAGAUGUUCGAAGAACUUGCAGAAGGUACGCCAACGAAUCCAGAAUCAACAGCGUAUGUCUCCCAGCCCCCGAGUCUAAUCAACCAGCUGAGAGCUUUUCAAACUCUCGACCAUGAGCACUUUGAUAUGCAGGAGACCAUUCCGAACAAGGAUUCUAGCCAACAAAACGAGUCUUUGAAAAGAAUGGCCGAGAGGAAUCAAAUUGUGAGGAGUAGCUCUUUGGAUGAUGAAGUCAUCUCCCUUCCUGAUCCAAGCACGCGCCUAUUUACCCAUGAUGAAAUUAUUCAUGUCUAUGAAUCUAGGCCCGUUCAGGGUGGCGGUGAAGAGUACAGAAUUUGUGUUCGAGACAAGCAUAAGGAUGAAGUUGAGCUAUGGACUCAAGAGGCCGUGAAAUCUCGCCCGGACUUUCAACGCCUCCAUACUUAA